GGGAGUGAACGGAGAAGUUCAUGGAGGUAGGCCUACGCCCACUGGGGCUGUAGUGCCAAGGAAAGGAAACAAAUUUACGAGAUGUUGGCGAUAACCAACAUAAGCUAGGUUAGGUAACGCUGUUCAUGUUCAUGACAUUUAUUUCAAAUUCAAUCAGAUCCAGGUACAGGCUGAGAAGUAUAUUCACAAACCACUGGAUAUAGAAUGAGUCGCAUAUCAAAACAAAUGUUCAUUUGAAGUGAUGUUGCAGUAACCAUAUGUCAGUCGUGACCGUCGUGACACGCCAAUACAGGUAAAUUAAAAACACUGAUAUAUUUCCGCGUGACCGUCAUCCGUGGUGGCUGCAAUGUCUGUCUUGAAACGCAUGAAACUGACGUCUGUAUCGGUCUAAAUCGUCUAAAUAUUCACCAUCCAAAAUGAGCUUUCAUUAUUUCAAGGCUGCAGGACAUGCAACAGUUUAUAACAAGUUUCGACCGAAACCACCUGAAGAACUUGUCAAAAGGAUAAUUGAUUUUCUUGUGGAAAAGAUUUCACCACCGUUAGUCAGAGCCAUUGAUGUUGGAUGUGGUGGUGGCCAAAGCACUGAUGUUUUAGCUUCAUUUUUCCAGAAUGUACAAGGUUUUGACCCGAGUGAAUCACAAAUUACCGAAGCUACUCGAAAGAACAAAUUUCACAAUGUGACCUACAGUGUAGGGCAUGCAGAGAAGAUUGAUUGUCCAGAUUCAUCUGUUCAAUUAAUAACUGCUGCUCAAGCCUGUCAUUGGUUUGAUUUGCCAAAGUUUUAUGCAGAAGCAGGCAGGGUUUUGGUUCCUGGUGGAGUUCUUGCACUGUAUGGUUACCAUCUACCAAGACCAAGAUAUGGCAGUACACAUGAGGAGCUGUGCAGUAUCGUUGAAAAGUUCUACUGCACAACACUCAGAAACUAUGUGUUAGCAGAAAGUAAGGAGGCAUAUUUUGGUAAUUACAGAAGUGAUGAGUUCUGCAAAAUCCCAUUUGUAGAUGGACCCAUUGUACGUGACGAAUCAGUGUCAACUAAAUACAAUGCAACUGUGUCUGACUUAGUUGGUUAUGUCAGCAGCUGGUCAGCAUUUCAGAACUAUCAGAAUCAAGAAGGAGAAGAGAAAGCAGCGGACAUUCUUCUCAGACUUGAACAAGAAAUAAUGGAUAUGAUUCAUACUGCCAUGCCUCCACAUGAGACACACCUAGAACUUGAGUAUAACUACUUCCUGCUGAUGGGACGAAAACCACUGCUAUAAACAGUUUCAAAAGAUACAGUAAAAUCAUGAAUUCUGUAUAUGCAUACAAACAAGAAACUUGGAAAUAUAUAAGAUAGAACCAAACAAUGUAUUUAAAUUCCUUUAUUUUUUUCUGAGGAAACAAAUAUAUUUUUACCGAGUGUAUGUAACUUGUUAAAAUAUGGGACUCUAAAAAUGAUAGG